GUUCGCAACAACCAACAAAUCUCCUCAAAUUUUUUGAGCCAGGAUAUAUUGGAUUUGGACAUACCCCAGGCCAACUCAGCUUCAUGUGCUGGCAACUCGUUCAUUUUCUUUUUUCUCUCCAAUCUAUUUCAACAGGGAAACUAAAUUAGAUUGAUCCAUACGUACAUGUCUGCACAUGUGUAAACUACUGAUGAACAUUUCCUGGUUACUGAAAUACCAGCAUUGCCCAUAAUUGGCUUCCCAAACACAAACGUUUUUUGGGUAUAAAGAUCGAUCAUCCAGAGGAAGGAGAGCAGCAAAGCAUAGAGCUCAGAGCAAUCAUCCUCACUCACUAGUCAGCUUCUUCUUCCGUUCAUCUUUGUUGCUUGCAGCUAGAGAUCCAAUCGGCAAUGGCUGAUGAAAUCCAGCACCUGACCAGGGCCUUCUCAGGGCUUGGAGGGCUCGGAGUGGACGAGCCGGCGAUGGUGUCGGCGCUGGCCAAGUGGCGCAGGCAGCCGGAGAAGCUGUCCGGGUUCAGGAAGAGCUUCAAUGGCUUGUUCAAGGAUCACGCCGGCGUCAUUGAGAGGUGCGAGGAGGAGUACAUGCUUCACCUCGCCGCCGAGUUCUCGCGUUUCAAGAACCUGAUGGUGAUGUGGGCGAUGCACCCGUGGGAGCGCGACGCGCGGCUGGCGCACCACGUGCUCCACCAGGCGCACCCGGCCGCCAUCGUCGUGGAGGUCGCCUGCACCCGGACGGCGGAGGAGCUCCUCGGCGCGCGGAAGGCGUACCAGGCGCUGUUCCACCACUCCCUCGAGGAGGACGUCGCGUACCGCGCCAGGGACAAGCCCUACUGCGGCCUGCUGGUCGGGCUGGUGAGCGCGUACCGGUACGAGGGACCGAGGGUGAGCGAGGAGACGGCGCGCGCGGAGGCGAAGGCGCUCGCCGCGGCGGUGAAGGGCGCCGGCGGCGCGGCGGCGAAGCUGGUGGAGAACGACGAGGUGGUCAGGAUCCUCACCACCCGGAGCAAGCCGCACCUCGUCGAGACGUUCAAGCACUACAAGGAAAUCCAUGGCCGGCACAUCGAAGAGGAUCUCGGGCACGAGGAGACCCUGCGAGAGGCGGUGCUGUGCCUGGCGACGCCGGCGAAGUACUUCAGCCAGGUGAUGGCGGCGGCGCUGAGCGACGGCGCGGACCACCACGCGAAGGAGGCGCUGACGCGGGUGGCGGUGACGCGCGCGGACGUGGACAUGGACGGCAUCCGCGCCGCCUACCACGAGCAGUUCGGCGGCAAGCUGGAGGACGCCGUCGCCGGGAAGGCGCACGGGUACUAUAGGGACGCGCUCCUCUCGCUCGUCGCCGGCGGCAAGUGAUCCAUCGAUCCAUCCAUCCAUCCAUCGUGAAUGGGUGUCGUUGAUCUGUUGAUCAUCGUGUGUACUACCGUUGCUGUUGCCGUUCUUGUUCUUGUACGUGGAUCGAGACUGUAAACUUAGCAUUUGGAGAAGAUGUUGAGUUGUUCUUAUGGAAUAAGAUCGAAUUCAAUUGGGAGAGUUUUGAUUUCA